GAUACCGGGGAGAAUAAGGUCAACACGAUCAACGGGCCCGGGUGCCCGUCUGCCAAAAAAAUCAACAAAUCGUACGGUGCUAAUUUGGCUACUACUCUACGAAUAAUUACAGAAGUUCGUCACCAAAAUAGCGAUAGAAAACAGUGCCCAACCGUAUUCGCAACAGAGCGAGCAGAGACACAGAGAGAGAGAGAGAAGCCAAAAUCUGAUCGAGGUUGACAGGUGCAUUGGAGUUUGGCUGAUCAGUCUCUCAAGUGUAAAAAUGGGUCGGAAACCCAAAGCAGCGAAGAUUGCCGAAGCAGCCAGUGCGGACAUGCCCCAAAACUUGAAUCCUUUUGUGGAGAAAGUUGCACCUGAGCUUAAAAUGCAAACAGAAUCUGUUGGCUUAUCCUCGAAGAAAAAAACAUUUGCAAACAGUAGGCGAUCUGAACGUCUUAAGAAUGUAGCCCAACCCACUCAAAACCAAGAGAUAGAGCCUGUGAUCGAGGAGGUAAAUCUCUGUGAAAGUGAGAAAGAAGAUGAGAAAGAAGAGGAGCAUGAGCCACAUGUUGAGGAAAAUCCACCAGAGUCAAUGCCGGCUGAAAGGAGAUUGGAAGAGAAAAUUGAUUACCUUGUUCAAGCUGUAGAAGCAUUGCAGUCUAAGGCACCCAAGAGACACUUCCAAAGUGACAGCUUUUCUGCUGAUCUCAACUACAAAAGCUUGUAUAUUGACUCACAAAAGAAGAUUGAAGCCUUAAAAAAUGAAAAUUUUGAGCUCUCUAAGAAGCUGGAUUUUGCUCUUGGGAAAAUCGAAGCGGUAUUGUUUUAUUUACCCCCAUUACUUAGCUAUUUUGUUUUCCAGUGCGGGACAAGCAACAUAAGAUUAACCAAAAACUUGUUAUCUGUGUAAUAAUGAAUAUAUGUU